AUGGCAGACACCCUCCCGCCCCACUACUUUUACUUUUUCUGGAUCGGAGAGCCCGUGCUCACCCUCGCCGGCGCGGCCUACGCGGCCUUCUGGCCCGAGACGUACGCGCGCGACCUCCUCCCGCAGGGCAUCGAGAACUUUACCAACAUUGUCGGAAACACCAUCCGCGGCAAGGAACUCGUCGGCACGCUGGCAUCGUGCUAUUUUCUCAUUGCGUUGAUCUCGCUGUCGUUCUUCCCCGUGUUCAAGUGGCAGGUCAAGGACAUGGUCCUGCAGGAGCGUCUCGUGCGCGCGCUCCUCGUCCCGCUGGCGCUGGCCGAUGUUACGCACAUCACCAUGAGCCUCCUGCCCCUCCCUGCCGAGCUGCGCUGGUCGUGGACGAGCUGGACGCAGCUGAUCCACGGAAACGUUGACAUUGUCGUCUUUGCCUUGACCCUGCGCCUCCUGUGUAUCUUUGGCAUUGGCCGCGAGACGGCGGCCUCGCUCGCUGCCAAGGACAAGCCCGUCUCCAGCCGGACCCGCGGCGGCCGUCCCAAGAAGUCGAUCUCGAAGGAUGAGUAG